CGGGCUGCACACGGCCAUACCCCUGCAUCUUGCUGAGGGUGCAAGGCCCCAGCUCCGCGGUGCACCGGCGCCCGCGGGGAUGAAGGGGAGGUGGCGGCACGGGUAGGUCUGGACGCGGACCGAGUUCUUGGCUCAGCCACAGGGCAGCAGCCAUGAGCCUGGUAGCCUGUGAGUGUCCACCUGGCCCUGGACUCGAGCCUGAGCCUUGCUCACGAGCACGGUCCCAGGCCCGCGUGUACCUGGAGCAGAUUCGCAACCGGGUGGCUCCAGGGGCACCUGACAUGACCAAGCACGACUACCUGGUGGAUGCAGCCACGCAGAUACACCUGGCUCUGGAACGCGAUGUCAGUGAGGACUACGAGGCAGCCUUCAACCACUACCAGAACGGUGUGGACGUUUUGCUGCGAGGCAUGCACGUCGACCCCAACAAGGAGCGGUGUGAGGCAGUAAAGCUGAAAAUUGCCAAGUAUCUGCAGCGGGCAGAGGAGAUCUUCAAUUGCCACCUGCAAAGGACGCCGGGCAGUGGAGGCAGCCCUGCUGUGGGUUUCAGCAGCCUGAGGCUCCGGCCCAUCCGGACACUGAGCUCUGCCCUGGAGCAGCUGAGGGGCUGCAGAGUGGUUGGGGUCAUUGGGAAGCUCAGAUAGAAAACCACGCCCUCCAAGAUUGAAGACAAAGGCCACAGGAGACGCUGUGCCACAGCACUGUGCUGGGCACCAUGUCGUGCACACUGCCCUGCUCAUACCCACUGCCAGCUUCCCACAGGCCCCACCCUGCUCUCCCUGUAUCCCCGAGCUGGGGCCCAGAGUCUCCCCACCAAGCCCAGAGAGAAGUUCCUGUGGGGGGCAUGCUCAUCUGCAGAAACCUGUCCUGCAGACGGUCCCCGCUGGCCGCAGCGUCAUCCAGGACUUGGGCAACUGUACCUUUCUCUCCCCCACCCCACCUCAUCUCAGCCCCAUCUGGGGCCCUUUCCCUUAAUUCAGGGCAGACAGGAACCCCUACUUGGGACACCCAUGAAAGGGAGGGAGUCAGAAGGAUGAAUGGCUGGGUCAGAUGAGGUUUGAGCCAAUAUUUGAUUGUUCCCCGUCCCAUUCCAGGGGUGGCUGAUUUGUUGCUAAAGGUGUUCUUUCUCAAAUUGGCUGUUUAUCAGAGUCACCUGGGGAGCUUCCUAAAAAUACAGAUGCCGGGCUCCACCCCAGAUCUGUAGAGUCAGAGCUUCUUGGUCUGAGCCAGGAAUCUGUACUUAAAACACUCAUGGGGGGACUUUGAUGGGGCUGGGAGCCCAGAGAGGGAAGGAGGCCAGGGUGGGCUUCCCUGCUCACCAGAGGGUGAAGGGCUGUCCAGGCAUUGCACCAUGUGGCCCUCGUAGCCCUUCGCCCCUUCGGGGUAGGUCUCCUCAUCUGCAGCUGUAAGUGGGUAAGAAUCUCCCCCCACCAGCCCCAGAGGGGUAUGUGUGUGGGAAAUAAAAUGAAAUAAUUUUUGGGAAAGGCUUGGCACACACUAAAAUUUGAUACAUGUUUGAUGGCUCUAAUGCCAGUGACAGGAGUGCGCUGGAGGUGUGCAGGCGUCCGGCCCCCCAGCUUUGCUCAGCUGCUUCUCCCAGGCCCCUGGCACAGGCCCCCUCUGUUAGCCGAGGCCCAGCCCGCUUCCAGCAGUCUUCCCUCCCCCUGCACUAGCCGGUACAGUGUCAGCCGAGCACAGCCACUCCCACAGACCGCCGGGGGAGGUGACUGCCACCACCAUUUCCCUGCGUGAGAUCCCACUGAACCACAGGUGUUGUGGAUAGAGGGGUUCUGGGUCACACAAAUUUGGGAAACUGUAUUGUUACAUUACUUUGUUUUUUAAAUGAUAGUUUCCAGAGCUGUUAGUAUGCAAAUGUUCACCUAGAGUUUCCAAGACAGAAUUCCCUGAAUUUGUUUAACCCCAGGACAUGCAUAUGCAAAGCAUUUUCAGAAUCUGCUAUUCUGAGGCCAGUGCUUAUGGAAAACACAAGUUAAAUAAAGCCAAACCCAA